GUCCGCGGUUCCCGGCCCCUUCUGCUCUGCUCAGCUGCUCCGCUCCGGGCCCCCGGUCCUCCCAAACAUUUGAAAGAGCGGUGCUCUCCCUGAAAUGAGUCUGGUGAUCAGAAAUUUGCAGCGAGCGAUUGCAAUUAGGAGAGUGCCACUUCGAAGGAAGAUGGAGAUUGUAAGGAGUAUUUUAGGCGUGCAGAGAUUUGACCUGGGGAUCGUCUAUGUUGACAACAAGAAUAUUCAGCACAUUAAUAGGAUCUACAGAAAGAAAAAUACCCCAACUGAUGUGCUUUCUUUCCCAUUUCAUGAGAAUCUGAAAGCAGGUGAACUUCCCCAGCCAGAUUUUCGAGAGGAUUAUAAUUUGGGAGACAUUUUCCUAGGAGUGGAAUAUAUCUUCCAGCAGUGCAAAGAAGACGAAGACUACUAUGACAUGCUGACUGUAAGUGGGGCUGCUGAAGUUACCUGUCCUGCCAUUACA